AUGCGGGAGAAGAAGGGCUGGACUCCGGGCUUCGGUCCAGCAGGACGCCCCAAACCCGCCAUCUAUCCCAGAGAGAAGGCGAACCAGGUGGGGAACCGGAAGUGGGUCCGACUCAGCAUCGUGGCGGGUUACCUGCUGUCCGUGUCUCUGGCUGCCGUCAUCCUGACUGUUUACUACGGCUUCAUCUGGACCCCCGGACCGGCCCAGAACAGGACCAGGACCAGGACCGGAGAGCACACCUGGACCCAGACUGAGGCUGAAUCUGGUUCUGGAGCUGCAGGAGCAGCGCCUCAGAAAAACUGUUUGACUGACAGAAACCACUCCGUCAAUCAACCGGAGAGUCACGUGACCAGCAGAAGUAAUCAGAUUACUUCUCCAGUCUCUCCCGGAGUGACCCCGGUUCCCCCGGUCCGAUCCACCGGAGCCUCAGAGGCCUCUCGGGCCGGGCAGGGCGCCACCUCUGCGGCUCCGAGCUCCGCAGAACCUCCGGUGGUCACCGCGGAGGAUCCGUCCAACCUGCCGACACACCGGAGCGCGAGAGACUGGGACCAGGAGCCUGACCCCGGGUAG